GUUUCAGACUUGCUUGAAUUUAGUUCAUCCAAAGAGAACAGCGUUACGCAGUGCACACAGCUUGAAAAAUAAUAGUGAGAUGCGCGACUGUGAUGAGUGCGAAAGUGAGCCGAUAAACGAUCGGCCAGAAGUUUGUAGAAAUACGUAUUUGUAGGCUUAGUGAAUCCUAUAGUUGAUAUUUUACGCUGCAAGCAAGCCGAGAAAUAGCCCCUUUGGACGUUCGUCGUCGCCAACGCUGUACACAAAACAUUUUAUACGGCAAAAGAAAAGCACAGAAGAAUUAUGAUAGCUGUUUUUUUUAAAUCUUUUCUUUUUCGCGUUUGUAUGUAAUUUUCGUUCUCGAUUCCUACUUGUAUCACACUUUUAUCUUGACGAAUGCGAGUAAAUAGUUGAUCUAUACAUAUAUGUAUACAUAUUAUAUAUAUAUAUAUACAUAGAGGAGAACGAGUUUGUAUAAAUAAAUUUGUAAACGGAGAAAGUAUCUGAAGAAAACUGCUCCACGUUGUCGGCUGUCCGAUUCUUGGUCACGUGACAAUAAAACUUCUAUCGAAUAAUUCGUGCGUCGUUUAUUUUCACAACGAUUUAGCGAUUUAAGAGAUCUUAUCAAAUGAGUCCACAUUGUAUACAUAUGGUUUGAUUGUCAAGUGACACGUGAAUGCGCGGCGGAUUUCAUGCGUUUUCAUCUUGUAUGUAAACGUCUCGUUUCGAGGAUGGAUCGAAAUGAAAAUUAACUGAUUAUUACCGUCAUCGCGUACGACAAAUAAUUUUAAUAAAAUUGUAACCGUGUGUGUCCAGGAAAAAUUGUUGCUGAUUAUGUGUACCGACUGUGGUUCAGCUGCGACUAGCCGUGUGUCCUGUUUUACGAAUAUGAACGACAUACAAAAUCAGAACAAUUUCGAUUUUGUACCAAAGUCUUAUAACGAGAAAUGGCAUCUGGAUAAUAAAUGUCUUUCUCAUAAUCAAGUAAACAUACUAUAGAGAAUAAUCGAAACGAUUUAACAGUUUACCUACUAUUAGGAGAGAUAUGCAAUAGUUUCCAUCAGUUUUAAAGAGAUUUUCUUUGUUAUUUUAUAAGUAAUAUUGUUUGUACACUACUUAUGUGUAGACAACUGGAACUUUUGCAUACUCUUAAUGAAAUUAAUCAAUAAGCCUUUGAUCGUUAAUUAUUCAGCUUUUUUAGAAGGAGAUACAUGCAAAUUUGGAAAGAGCAGCGGGAAAUCUCUUACAUCCUGCGACUUUUGUAAAUGUUUAGAUGACAAAUUGAAAAUAACAGGUGAAAACUCUUUGAAUCAGAACUCUUCCGGUUUGUGUAAGCAUUUGGCUGAAAUAUACAAUGAAACAACUGAUGAAAACAUUUCGAAUCAAAAAUCUGGCGAUUGGAAUCGCGAAGAGGAGAUAAUCGAACACCAUUCAGAACCUGUAAUUGAGAAACCAUCGAUUCAUAAUUGGAAAUGGAAAAAUCCGUACAGUUUUUCAAAUUUCAAUCGACGAAGUCGAAACAGAUUUAUCCAAGAGAAAAAAUUCUCCACGACUUCGACACGCGAUGGCUGUAAUAAGGUGGACAGGAAAGGAACAAAUUUCUUACACAACUUCCGGGAGUAUUUAGUCAAUUAUCAAGAAUCUUGCGGUGUACCACGAACAGAAUAUUCUUUCUCUGCUUUAAUUCAAAUAAUGGGCCAAGCAACUGGCCGAUCUCUUCUGGCUCUGUUGUAUGUGAUGCUGAACAUACUGCCUCUUGCCGAGAUAUUGUUGUACGUGCUACGAUUCGUAUUGGACAAAGUCAUCAACAUAGGUAGCAGCAGGGACUUCCGGCAGACGAUACUUCGAUGUUUCGUAUUCACAACAGAGCUGCUAAGUAUUUAUAUUUGUCUAAUAUUCAUAUUCGGUUUCAUUGUAUUACCGAUUCUCCAAACGGUAAUUGGCAUAGUUGCAAAAAUUAUGCUUUAUAAUUAAUUGUACCGUAUGGGCAGGUCAUAAAUAACAACAAUGUUUACCGUAAUAAUUAGUGCGAUUUUAUUUAAAAAAAAAAAAAAAAAAAAAAAAA